CCAUUUUCACACCCACUAUCUUCUUCUUGGGAUAUCCGCAGCCCCUCACGCCACCCCCCUUCUCUCUCUUCUUUCUCACUCCAACACCGUCAAGAAAACUUCAAACUCUUUUGAACUUGUAUAAAUACCCUCCACAUGCAACAAUUAUCUUAAACCACCCCUUAAUUACUCUCUCUCUCUCUCUUCAAUAUUCAUACACAAAUACAUACAUACAUAUAAUUAUAUAGCAUGGAAGAGUUAGAGUAUCAAAGAAAACCAUGCAAUAAUAAUACAAGUAAUGGACCACUAAAGCUCUUCGGUUUCAACGUAACGGAAGAAGAAGAAGUAGACGCCACUAAAACACGAUCAGGCUCGCCGGAUUCCGGCGGUUUUCCGGCACCCGACGGACGGAAAUACGAGUGCCAGUACUGCUGCCGGGAGUUUGCCAAUUCACAAGCACUGGGUGGUCACCAAAAUGCCCAUAAGAAAGAGAGGCAACAGUUGAAACGAGCACAAAUGCAAGCCAGUAGAAAUGCUGCCGCGUCUUACAUGCGGAACCCCAUAGUCUCGGCCUUUGCUCCGCCAGCCCACCUCCUCGCUCCGCCAGGCUCCGUGGUGGUUCCUUCCGCUGCGCCUUCAUCCCCGCCGUGGUAUUACGUUCCACGCGCCGCGCAGCCCUUUCAGGUGUCGCAUGGGUGCGUGUUCCCCACAUGGUCAACCGGGAGGGGUGUAGGGAACUUAUCGUGUACCGUCAGUGUAAGUGAGUCCAGCAUGACAGGUAUUGGGCCUCAGGCGAUCAAGGCCCAUAACGGAAGGUUAGAUGGGCCUUCAUUAAGUAGAUUCUCUACUGCAGAAGAUGGACCCAAUUUAGAUGAUGGACUUGGACUCGAUUUGCAUCUUAGCCUUGCGCCAGCCGCGCCGUGACAUCACGUUAGGCUAGGCUUGGCUUAGCUAAAUUCACCACGGUCCAUGGCUUGAGGAUCAUGAACCGAAGCUGUAUUACAUGGCUUGGUAAACCAGCUGGAAAGCCCAAGCCCGUGUAAAUUUAUCAAUUAUCCAAUUAUUGUACAUUUUCAGAGUUAUUCAUUUAUUUUAUAUUUUUUU